GAUAUUAUCGCUGAUAUGGAGCAACGACUUCAGAAGCUUGUGCAGCGGAUUGAUACACUUGAAGAAGAAUAUGAUGGUGAUCUAUACAGUAUCAUCUCAUUUCGGAUCAUAGAGAUAGAAUAUGCCGAGUUGACGGACUUGCUUAACCAGCUUCAAACAAUUAACUCGAGGAACCAAGAGAAGGUGGAUAAUCUUUUUGUGAAGGUGCAAAAUAUUACCGACGAAGUGGAUGAAUUGGAGGAAUAUGACCGACUUAAAGUAGUGAAAGAACAUAGAAAAAACAUGAUCGUGAAAAGAAGUCUGUCUGUUUGCCAGAGUGCACUGUUAGCGACACCGGCACCAUACAUCACUUUACUACCAGGUUCUUGUUCAUUUGGAAAAUUAGUAGGAGUGUCCGAUCCAAAAAGUUCAAUGCUCAAUCAUUUUGGGUCAUCCUACCGAUAUGGUUCUUGGGGAAUGGACCCAUGGCCAGCUCCUGGAAAAGCGGAUCAAUACUGGUUGACAAUUCUGUCCACCAGUAAUAGAUUUGGAAAUAAGAUUCGAGUUUUCAGUUCUUAUGGCAAAUUUCUCACCCGCAGUGGUGCCGUUGAUCUCACUUUUAAAACUUAUAAUGCUCAAGGCUCUGGCGGGAUAAUGUAUAAAGAUGCUUACUAUUACAACUGUUUCAAUUUGGAUCAGCUCUGCAGAUUUGAUAUGACCACAGAAACUGUUUUAUAUGCCAAACUGCCAUAUGUUGGUUUUAAUGACAAGUUUCCAUACUGCACAGUUUCUUCCUGUUAUGGCUACUCAGACAUGGAUCUGGCAACAGAUGAAAAUGGGCUCUGGGUACUUUAUGCAACUGAGCAAAACUUUGGCAACCUAGUUGUUAGUCAACUCAAUGCAACCAACCUGUCAAUACUGGAAAGCUGGAACACCACUCUAUACAAACGAUCAGCAACCAACGCCUUUAUGGUGUGUGGCAUCGUUUAUGCCACCAGAUAUUUGAACUCCGAAGUUGAAGAGAUAUUUUAUAUGUUUGACACAACCACUGGAGUUGAGCGGAAUGAUUUGGCCAUCCAGAUUCGAAAGGUCUCAUCUGGCAUCCAGUACAUGAACUACAACCCGCGAGAUAAGACACUGUAUGUGUAUAGCGAUGCCUAUAUUGUUAGUUACAGUUUAUUAUUUGCGUAAACUGUAGUGGGAUUCCUGAGAAUAAUGCAAUGAUACGGAAAGUCCAGCUAACAGCAGUAAACCAUAUGAAUUAACAUAUCCUCUCGAGUACUUUCUUCGAAAAAAAGUGCACUUGGCAAUUCUUUGCCACAGCUUUGAGGAAAUUAUAUCUUAAAAAUUCUUUCUAUUAUUUUUCAUCUUUUUAGUUUAGUACUUGCGCCAAAAUGCUUACCGAUUGCAGGAGGGAAUUUUGUACUAUAUCCGCGCCCUAUAUUUGACUUUACUCAGAUGGGCACAGUCACAAAUUAAAACAGCUCAGUCUUAUCAAACAACUUGGUUUAUUAAAGGCCUUAGUGAUGUACAUUGGGAAACAGUGCGAGCAAGACCAAACUGCUUCAAAAGCUACAGUAACCACAACAUUUUUAUAUCCCCACGAUACAAUUGUUACAUGUGGAGUUGAAAUAAAUCAUUAAUCAAUGUC